GAAAACACACAACUCCCAGCUGAAAGACGAAGAGGAGAAGUGACUGCUCGUGAAUAAUUGAACGGCUCGGCGGUCCCAUUUGCAGGCGAAAUCUACCAGUUGGCAGUAGCAGUGACAUGGCAUCUGUGCACUGAACUGCUCCGUCAUCGGCUGCUGUCGGCACCGAGCGUUGGUGUGCAACUUCCAUCGUCACCAUGGAAACAGAUGCAGAAGUUAUUCCUAUCUGGCAGAAUAAGCCGCAUGGAUCCACCCGUAGUGUUGUGAGAAGAAUUGGCUCCACUCUUCCACUCAGACCUCCACAAAGAGCAUGCUUCCAGGAACUACCGGGCAUUCCUGCUCUUCGCCGUAUGGAUGGCCCCAUUGUUCCUACCUUGGCAGACAUAGCCUGGAUUGUUGCAGAUGAAGAGGAGACGUAUGCCAGAGUGCGGACCGACAGUCGACCUCUGAAACACGAGUGGCGGCCCACGCCUCUCCUGGUGCUCCACAGGAACUCAUCUGUACCCAACUUCCGCCGUGAAGGCAAAAGGAUGGAGGGCCUUAGGAAGCCUGGGGUGACGGCGCUGAACCGUACCACUGCCCUGCAAGACGAGCUCAGCAGACUCCGUGCACAGAUCGCCAAGAUUGUGUCAAGUGAUUCUGACUCCAACCCCGUGACCCCUGACCUGCUCUCCCCCGAUGACACAAGUAUGAGCUUCUCCAUGGCGCCUUUCGAGGCGGCGCCCUGCCAGCCGGCCGCCACAGCUGCCGCCUCCUUUGUCAUCAGUGAUGUCACGGAGGAGGAUCAAGAGGAGGAGGAUGAUGUGGUCUCUGUGGUGUCGGAGCUCGUCCCUGACCCUGUGCCCCCUGUUUCCAUGACGGCAUCGGCAACCUUUCACCUUGACAGACCCACCAUGGACUUCCGGGAGGCAGAGGAGGAUACAGUGUCGCUAUCAAAGUCUACCAGCUUUGCGGAUGUUAUGGACAUCCUGAAGGACAUGAACCGCAUGAAGAUGAGCAAGGACAGGUACAACCGAGGUUGCACGUCCCUCAGAGAGGAGGACUCCGCGUCUCUAAUUUCAGAAGCUCUGAGGAAAAAGUUUGUCCUGAAGGAAGAAGAUACUGACGCUGUGAAACGGAAGUAGCCUGGCCACGUGUUUCUCAUCGACACCCGAUACUGGUGCUCCAUGUAAGUCAGGACAGGGUUGAAGAAAGUUUAAAAAUAUAUAUAUUUUGUAUAAUGAGCCCUUGAAGGCAUGUGGUAGCCUGUCGUUGAUAAUGCGAUCAGUGGCAGAAUGUUUUUAGCUCACUUGUGGGUUCUUAGCUUUUGUUUUUCUAUUUUCUCUUCAUUAUCUUAGGCUUUUCCCUGUGGAAUAUGUACCCAUGGAUCCGCAACUUUGCUCCUCAGGCCCAAGGCAAUAGCUGUCAGCCAGAGCUAGAACAAAAACACUGUCUCAGACAUUCAAAAUCUAAUCUGCAGGCGCAGUGUGAGGCGGAUCUGCCAACACUUAAUAACAAUAAACGCACAUUGCAUCCAGUAUAUUUCUGUCUGGAAAUACUUUUAUGUUAAAUUAAUUUUUGAAUAAGUUCUCAACAGAAAGCGCUCAAGAAGCUUCAUGUGUGUCUGCACUAUUUGGAUUUUAGAUGCUGUUCUUUCACUGUUAAUGGACAUCGUGGAGGGGCUGGUCAUACAUCACAAAGCCCUCUAAAAUACUUGAAAUGUAUGUACAGAUGAAACGGAUCUACUGUACAAGCAGAAAAGUACUUGUGUGUGAACUUCAGAUCUUUGCUGCUUGUAUUACUCCAGGUGAGUUGGCAGAUGUGCGCAGCUUUGUGUACAUCAUGUUGCUUGCUCCACUGCACCUCUUACGCCUGUCCUAUUGUUUGUGAUUAAUAUAGAUGAAUAGUCACUGAACCAUAGGACUGAUGUCGAAACGGAAACGUAAGUGUGUCGUGUAAAAAUCAAAGGAAGUUUAUGAGUGAAAUGUGCACCCACCAUUGUUUGUCAUCGUCUGUGUUUCCAGUAAAGGCAAUGAUGGAUACAAGCUUAUAUACAGGUGUCUAGACACACAUUUACAUUGUUAUAAGUACUCGCUGAAACCACCUUUUUAUGAUUCAACAUUACAGAACAUUCUGUAAGCAGAGUUUUGACACAUGGGUAAAUUGCUUGUUGUGUGAGUUGCGAUGAUGACGAUGAUAUUCUUGUCGACGCCUUUCCACGGAUCUGUUAAAAAGCCUGAUUUUUAUCCCCUUGUUAGUUCAAGUGCCAUGGGCUUGUCUGUUCAGCCCCACUCCUCAUUGCUAGCCCUUUCCUGAACGUGCCCUUCAUCUUUAUUAAGAUUCCCAUGUUUUUCUCUCAAACAAGUUGUGUGUGGGUUGUUUAACAUGACCCCCAACGUCACUGUUUAAAAAGAAUAUCCAUCACGCCAAUGCCUGCAUGACCAAUGGGAGUCCUUGCGUGUAGUUUUGCAGUUGUGUGUGUGUGUGUGUGUGUGUCACUGUAUGCUGUGGAGCUGAAGUGUGUUUCGCCCUGCCAGAGGUGGCCCUAAGCUUGUCCUCGGUGAUCUUCUCAAUAGUUCAUUUCCUCAUUGGACAGAGUGAAGUAUAAAGUAACUGGAUGAGAAAAACCUACUAUAUGCAAGUUUAAAUAUAUUAAUCGUGUGUCUUUACUGAAGAUAUUCAACCUUACUCAGCAAACUGCCAACUGCAUCGCUCGCCCUGCUAAUAGAGAGAAGAAUUUAGUUGAGCAUUUUCCUCAAAUCUUUUUUGACUUUGUUUCUCUUGUCAUGGGUUGUCACCAUUUGCUGGGUCGAACCUGCCACCACACAUGUAUGUUUAUUUUCUUUUUGUCAUGUUUGGACUUGUAAAUAAAGAUCGGCUGAUGUUUUGAAACUGA